GUCUCGACUUCCAUGAUUUUUCUCCCUUGAGGGACCAGCGCCACCAUCACCCCCAACCCAGACGCAUAAAUACAUUAAAUUUUUUUUUAAAAAAAAAAAAGAGCUUGUCAUCUUUACGACCUAGCUGACGGUUACACUUUGCGAAAUCCAAAAUCUCCAUUAUAAAAAAGCCAGCCAUUCAUCUCCUUAUUUUAAUCCUCUCCCCCUCUAUCCCUCCCCAGCUUCCUUCACCUGCUACUCCUCUCACUCUCUCUCUCUCUCUCUCUUCUGAAAAGAAAAGGACAAUAUGUUGCAGAAGGACUCAUCUCCGCCGUCCGUUCUUUCUCUCAUCUCAUCACCAUCGGACAUGAGGAAGACGAUUCAGGGCUUAAACUACUGGCUAUCGGAGCACCCGUCAAUAAUCCGGUUCAGGUGGGGUGACAACCAGUCACUCGGGUCCAACACCUGGGCCUUCCUCUUCGUCUCCAUGGCCUCCUACAUCGCCUUCUCCCUCUUCCUCCACCUCCUGCUCGCCCUGUUCCGCCGCCGGCGGCCCGUCCCCCUGGGCCCCAUCCCUGCCGUCCACAGCCUCUUCAUGGCCCUCGCCUCCGCCACCAUCUUCGUCGGAAUCCUCCUCUCCGCGGCCGCCGAGAUCCGCGAGACCCGCUGGUUCUGGCGUCGGUCGAAGACCCCACUCCAGUGGCUGCUCUGCUUUCCCCUGGGGACGCGCCCCUCGGGCCGGGUCUUCUUCUGGUCCUACCUGUUCUACCUCUCCCGGUUCCUGCACAUGCUGCGUACAUUCAUCGCCAUCCUACGACGUCGUAAGCUGACCUUCUUCCGGCUCUUCAACCACUCCAUCCAGCUGUUCACGGCGUUCAUGUGGCUGGAGUUCUCGCAGUCGUUCCAGGUGCUGGCGAUCCUCUCGACGACGUCGGUUUACUCGGUGGUAUACGGGUACAGGUUCUGGACCCAAAUCGGGUUGCGGGGUGCGUGCUUCCCGUUGGUGGAGAAUUGCCAGAUGCUGGCGCUGGGCUGCAAUCUGGUGUGGCACGUGGGGGUGUUUCUGGUGCAUUUCAUGAUUAAGGGGGACUGCAAUGGAAUUGAGGCGUGGGUUUUCAAUUCCGUGUUGAACUGCGCGAUUCUGCUGCUGUUCUUGAAAUUCUAUGCGAGGAAUAUGCAGACGAUGAAGGUGGAGAAGACUGUUAAAGAUAACACGGAUAACUGAUUUUGAGUUUUGAGUGGUGUCAAUUUCAUUCUGCCUGGAGGUCUUUUUCCAUCCGUCUGGCAGUUCAGGCUUUUGGCCUUGCUCAAAAAAAGAGAAAGCUAAACAAGUUGUUUAAUUUCGCACUAAAAAAUUAUCUAUUUUUUUUUUUUUCUAAAGACAAUUUGAGUGAUGGGGAAUGGGGAUUUACUCGUCCUGCAAUCUGGACUUUUUAGGCAAAAAUAUUACCACUUUUCUUCCCCCUUUAUUUCUUCUUUUUAUUUAUUUAAUCUCACCAAAGAGUGUCAAAUCUUAGCUAAUUUUAAUUUUUAAAAAUAAAAUAAAUAUUAAAAAAACUAAAAUUUUUAUUAUACUAAAAUAAAAUUAUAUUUUUUUUCAUAUUUAAGUACUUCGGUUGUAUUUAGAUUGUGGAACAUGAAUUCUUAAAAAUAAUAUGACUAUUAUUAUAGAUUUUCGACCGUCUAUGCAUAUACAAAAAGAAAAAAAAAAGUAGGUUAUUAUAAAUAAAUAAUAAUGUAAAAUAUUUUAUCAAUUUAUAAUAAAUGUAAAAAAGGGGAAAAAAAAAGUAUGUCACUGUAUCUAAAUUAUAUUGCAAGAAACUUAAUGAAUUUAUAACAAUAAAUGUAAAAAGGGGGGGGGGGGGGAAGAGUAUGUUAUUGUCACUAAAUAAUAUUGCAAAAUACUUUAUGAAUUUAUAACAACAAAUGUAAAAGAAAUAUAUAUUCCCAAAUUUUGCCAUCAAGUUAAAUUUUACAUUCUUUUCGGGGAUUCGUUUGGAUCAAGAAUUUUGUUUGAAGAAAAGAAAGGAAAAUAAUGAGAAAAUUCAUUUUUUGCUAUAUUUUCUCUUUAUAUCAAAUACUACUAAAAAUAAAAAUUUGUUAUAAUAAGAUUAAGAAUUAAGAAAAACCAAACCUUGAUAAGGUAUAAAAUCAAAUUUUUGAA